AUGACCAAUUUGCAAACUAUAAACUAUAUCACCAUACUAUUUUUCUGCCUUCUCGGGUAUGAAGCUCGAGAUCAAAUUGCUUCAGCAGCUUUUCGUGCAUCUUUUCCUUACGCAAAUAAAUCUGAUGUCUGGAAGUUAACUUUUGUGGUUAACCAUCAAAAUCAAACAUUAUUGGCAAUAUUCGAAAUGUUGGAUUGGACAAAGAACAACUGGAUGCGUGAAGUCUUUUGGCAAUCUGAUCGUGAAUGUAAAUCAAAAUUUACUCUUGCUCAGCCAAUUUUCAAAAAUCGAAUGUCAGCUGAUUUUGUGAAAACGCAUAAAAAUGUUGGAUCUAAAAUAGAACAUCUCACAGAGUGGUUUUAUGGAUAUUAUCAUGGAAAAGCUCAACAUUUAAACUGGACUUUGACUUAUUGA